AAAAGAAUUUCUUAUGACUUAUAGUUAUUUUUCUCUUUAAAUUUUGAAAAAAAAAAAAUAUAGAAGCCAUGGCUGGUAUCACCAGCGCUAGCGGCAGCAGCUGUUUUCCGUUAGUAACCCGGACUACCACAACCAAAACGACACACUACGCGCUCUGUCUUUCUUCUCUCGAUUCCAAGCUCUUCGGCCUCCGGUUUCACAACCCGAAUCUCUCCAAACCGGACUCUCUCCCGUGCUCUUCUCCCAGCCCCGUCACCACUGCCCGUUUCGGCGGUCCACGAUCCUAUGACUCGCGGAGGCCGCGGAAGAGUGAUUCCGAUGAUGACCAGGCUCUUAAUAUAUCUAGCAUUAGGUCAGCUACUGUGAGACUCAUUGACCAGCAACAGAAUAUGGUUGGAGUGGUAACUGUUCGUGAUGCAAUUCAAAUGGCUGAAGAUACCGAGCUUGAUUUGGUGAUAGUGUCUCCGGAUGCAGACCCUCCUGUUGUCAGAAUAAUGGAUUACAACAAAUUUAGAUAUGAACAGCAAAAGAAAAAGAGAGGACAGCAGAAGAAAAGUGCUGCAAGUCGCAUGGAUUUGAAGGAGCUUAAAAUGGGUUACAAUAUCGACCAGCAUGAUUAUGAUGUGCGUUUAAGAGCUGCUCGGAAGUUUUUGAAAGAUGGUGACAAGGUCAAGGUCAUAGUGAACUUAAAAGGCCGUGAAAAUGAGUUCAGAAAUAAUGCAAUUGAGCUCUUAAGACGUUUCCAAAAUGAUGUUGGAGAGCUUGCCACCGAGGAGAGCAAAAACUUCCGUGAUAGGAAUGCAUUUAUUACUCUGGUACCAAAUAAAGCUCUUCUACAGAAAGCUCAGGAACCUCCCAAGAAAAAAGACAAGUCAGCUGCAGAUGAAGUAUCAGCUGGUGUGUGAGCGCAUGCAAGUUUACAAGGGAUUUUAAUUAUGGAACACUCGCCAGGUACUCCUGAUCACAUUUUGUAGGAAAGUUUGGAAUCUAAGUUUGGAAUCUUGGUAUUUUGUAUAGCUUUAGUUUAAUACGACAUGUACUACAAACAUGAUUUCAUUUUUUUUUAAAACAAAGUAAUCUUUUGUAAUCUGAAUAAGGUUAGACAGGAUAUUGCUUGUAAGCUGAUUUAUUUAUGUAUUAUUUUUUAAGUUCGAAGCA